UUGCCGUGAUGUGCUGACCUUACGAUGAGUUCCUCCCCAGCCCUCGAGCCCUCGUCCCCCUCGACCACCACCCCCUCUUCGCCUGCGUUGCGGCCCCCGGAAUACCCGCCAUUCCAGACAUCCACGCCGAAUUACAUCGCGAAGAAGCCGACAAAUCCGUCGCUGAACGUGAUAUUGCCAGCGCCGCCCGUCACCCCACCCACAUACGGCGAACCAACUCUGACCCCGCCCCCGCGCUCCCCCGGCGCCGCGGCCACCCCCGCGACCCCUGCGUCUGCGUCUGGCGACCGCCACCACCCGCCAGACGGGACCUCGUCUGAUAAGUCGUCAGAAACCGCAGUAGGCGGUAUAUCGCGAACGCCCAGCACCGCGCUAUCCCGCAAAGAGAGUUAUAAGGCCCAGAGACAACACUAUAGAAGGGAGAAGAAACGGGCCGCAACUGCGUUAUUGCACUCUAUAGAGGACCCAUCGGUUGUAGUGCUCGCUGAUUGGCUGAAGGUUCGUGGCUCCCUGAAAUCAUGGACCAAGCUGUGGUGUGUGCUCAAACCUGGUCUUUUGCUGCUCUACAAGAGUUCUAAGGCAAAGAGCAGCCACUGGGUGGGCACCGUCCUGCUGACCUCCUGCCAAGUGAUAGAACGACCGAGCAAGAAGGACGGGUUCUGCUUCAAGCUGUACCACCCCCUCGAGCAGAGCAUCUGGGCGCCGCGCGGGCCCCACAACGAGACCAUAGGUGCGGUGGUGCAGCCCCUCCCGACGGCGCACCUGAUCUUCCGCGCGCCCUCGCAGGCGGCGGGGCACUGCUGGCUCGACGGCCUAGAGCUGGCCCUACGCUGCAGCAAUGCUAUGCUCAGGUGUUCCCGUUCCCGUCCGGAGCAGACGGUCCCCGACGCUCCGACCACAGACACUAAUAUUUCUCAUGAAGAACUCGAAAAACAUUUCAACGAGCACGAGCUAGCGGGCGCGGCGUCCGACACGGACAGCGAGGGUUCGCGGACUAUGCCGGAGCCGGAGACGCGGCGCGGCGCGGCGCAGCGCAGCGCGGUGGAGCGCAUCGAGUCGCUCUACGUCGAAGACCCGGACAGAGAGACGGGUGCGGCGGGCGAGCUGGUAGAAGAAGUGGCAGAAGAGAACAAGUCCCUCCUCUGGUUCCUACUCAAGCAAGUGCGGCCAGGAAUGGACCUAAGCAAAGUCGUACUGCCCACCUUCAUCUUGGAGCCGCGGUCUUUCCUCGACAAGUUGUCUGACAACUAUUACCACGCGGACAUAUUGGCACAAGCACAACACGUUGAAGACCCGUACUCCCGUUUCAAGCUGGUCCUGCGCUGGUACCUAUCCGGCUUGUACCGGAAGCCGAAAGGUCUCAAAAAGCCCUAUAACCCCGUGCUAGGGGAGACCUUCAGGUGCUGCUGGAAGCACCCAGACAGCAGGACCAACACGUACUAUGUGGCUGAACAGGUGUCUCACCACCCGCCCGUGUCAGCCUUCUACGUGUCAAACAGGAAAGAAGGUUUCGUUAUAGAGGGAAGCUUGUUAGCAAGGUCCAAAUUUUAUGGUAACUCGACGUCGGCCAUCUUGGAGGGCUGCGCGCGAGUUCACCUGCUCACCUGGGGAGAGAGCUACGUCACGACGGCGCCCUACGCGCACUGCAAGGGCAUCGUCAUCGGCACACUCAGCAUGGAGCUAGGGGGCAAGGUGCACGUCAUGUGUGAGAGCACAGGUUAUAGUGCAGACAUCGAAUUUAAAUUAAGGUCAUUCCUGGGCGGUUCGGAGCAGACGAACCUAAUAUCGGGGCGCAUCAAAAGGGGGAAGGACACCGUUGCGACGGUCGAGGGCUACUGGGACGGCAGGAUCGAGAUCAGGGACAAGAGGAACGGGGAGGAAGCGACCCUUCUCGAUGUGGCCGUCCUGAAGGAACAACGGCUGACCCGCUACCUCAUGAAGCUAGAAAACCAGCAGGAGUUCGAGUCCCAGCGCCUCUGGCUGCGAGUCUCCGAGGCCAUACACAACGAGGACCAGGUAGCAGCGACAGAACAGAAGACAAUAAUAGAGGAAGCGCAGCGGGCGCGCACCCGCGCCACCAUCGCGCCGUGGGUUCCGCGCUUGUUCCACAAGGAGAGUCACGUGGUCUGCCCCGACGGGGUACAGGACCAGGGCUGGCGGUACAACCACUCCAACACGAGCCCCUGGCAACCGUCGGAAGUAUUUGAAUAUGAGGACGACUUCGUAAUUACCUCGGCGAUGGGUAGCUCGAGCUCGAUCCGACCCGAGCGACUCGAGCGGCACGAGCGACAUGAGCGACUCGAGCGACAUGAGCGACUCGAGCGACGCGAGCGAUCCGACUCCGACUCGCGGCAGGAGCUCGCUACGAGAUCCAAGCAUGCACGAACUCUAAAGCAGACCCUCAACUCCCUCGACACAACCCUCCGAGAGCAGAGCGUGACCUUAGAGCGCCUCACUCGCGCCGUGGAACAACUCGACCGGAGACCGGCCACCACGGGCCGGCUGCCCGCCACAGGCUACAGCUGGGACCUGUUCUCCGGAUUCGUGAUAGCCAUGGUGCUACAGGCGCUCCUCAACUGGAUAUUUUAUAACAAAGACUGAAUACUGCUUUGAGUUUUCUGUGGACACAGAUGGUUAUACCGAUUUUUGGGGUAGAUUCGG